CCAGCCCCGUCCACAACGCCACCCAAGCUGUCACCAGCGAGGAGGUGUGGGCCGUCACGUGGGCCUAUCUGAGCAACCACAUUCUCGCUUCCUUCUUUCACGGCCGUUGGGCGUUGGCGGGGCGGGGGCCGGAGGGGGGCACAGCAGAGCCCUGCAGCCUGGCUGGGUCCUUGUCCCUGAAACGGGGAAGCCGCUCUGGGCCCACGAGGCAGCUGUCCCAUGCUCCGCUGAGCAUGGCCGGUGCCAUGCCUCUGCCGCUCCUGCUGCUGCUGGUCCUGCUGGGCCCCGGCAGCCGCCUCAGCCUCGGGCUGCCGGGCGUCCAGGGGGAUGCGGACGAGGACGACCUGGGAGAGUAUGAAGACACGUAUGUCACGGACCCUCCGGAGAUGCUGGAAACCAUCGCAGGGGCUGGGGCCCCGGGGCCCGAGCAUCAGGCUACGGUGGGAACGCCGGGGCAGACAGGUGCGCCCGAGCCAGCCACUCCGGAGGCGACCACAGGAGCAGCCCCUGGGGAGCCCAGCACGGAACUGGCCACAUCGGGGGUUCCGGUCACACCGGGCCCUCUGGCCACAGAACUGGACACUACCACCCCUCCCACCACAGAGGCUCCGUCCACAGAGGGGGCUCCGUCCACAGAGCUGGCCGCUGCAAAGACCCUGCCUACAGAGCCACUGACCACGCAACCCACAGCCACGGAGGCCCUGACCACGGAGCCACUGACCACACAACCCACAGCCACGGAGGCCCUGACCACGGAGCCACUGACCACGCAACCCACAGCCACGGAGGCCCUGACCACGGAGUCACUGACCACGCAACCCACAGCCACGGAGGCCCUGACCACGGAGCCACUGACCACACAACCCACAGCCACGGAGGCCCUGACCACGGAGUCACUGACCACGCAAACCACAGCCACGGAGGCCCUGACCACAGAGCCGGCUACCACAGCAGCCCCUCCCAUGGCGCCCACGACCACAGAGACCCUGUCCGAGGAGCCGGCCACCACGAAGGCACUGUCCACGGCGGGUCUCUCCACGGCCCUUCUCGUGCCGUCUGACCCUCGCCACGGGGGUGCCACCGAGGCCAUCGGCAACUCCUCAGACGCCUCCUUCAAACAGGGGAAGAGCAGCCAGGGCCUGUCCACGCCGAGCCCCACGGGGGGCCCGGAUUACAUGCCCGUGAAGCACUGCCUGCUGGCCAUCCUCAUCCUGGCGCUGGUGGCCACCACCUUCCUGGUGUGCACCGUGGUGCUGGCCGUGCGCCUCUCCCGCAGGAACCACAUGUACCACGUGCGCAGCUACUCGCCCACCGAGAUGGUCUGCAUCUCCUCCCUGCUGCCCGAGGGCGGCGAGGCGCCCGCCCCCACGGCCAACGGCAGCCUGCCCGCCGCCAAGGGUUCGGGCCUGAAGGAAGGGCCCCAGGAGGACCCCAGCGGGGAUGACCUCACCCUGCACAGCUUCCUCCCCUAGCGCCCGCCCCCGCCCCUGGGCACGGCCCUGGGUACGCCCGGCUCCCCGCUGCCUCCCUCCGCUCAGGCCCGGGCCUCCUCCCAGCCUCUGGGGAGGGGUCUCCGGGCAGGGCCCUGGCCACUCCGCCAGGACCGAGGGCAGCCAGGGUCCGAGGCCUCUCCUUCCUCCUGGCCGCUGGAGCCUCAUGCCCACGAGCCCAGGGAAGACUCAGGUCCCCUGCCGGCACCCACCCCAUGCAUUUGGGGGUG